UAUGCAAACCGCGUUCCACCAGCGUGCAUCGACGCACGCACGAAGCAUCGCUCAGCAUAGCACUGCGCCACCGUGAUCACGAGCACGCGAAAGCAUAGCGCCGUUUCAGUUGCGUUCGGAAAGUUGUUGAGCUUAGCACGCGUGUAUUGUGGUCCAACGAGUCUGUCUCUUCUGGUGCGUAGUGUUGUAUGGUCGAAGCCGUUUCCUCGCGUAUCAUAGUGUGUGGCAACAUACACAUACGGUGCUGUAUCGGUGUGUUAAUCAGGUGGUCACCAUCUUGCAUUGUUUUCAGAAGCGUAGCGCAUCAAAGCAACCCGCAUUUUCAGUGCCGAAGGUUGGUGCUCCAUUUGUUCCUAGCGGUCGCGCUUGGUUUUUGUGGUGAAAAGUUAUAUCGAAAGCUUGCAACAUCAUUGUGCGUUUGUGUGUGUGUCUGAAGAGUGCAACCAUAUUCGUAUAAGUCUUCGUGCCCACAAAGGAGGCUGCUGCAGCAGUUGACGCCACAGAAAGGCUAGACGAAGAAAGCGCAUCCAAUUCCGGACGGGAGCAUAGUAACGCAGCAGGAACGCAUCCAUCCAUUCCGGCCAACAGUAUCCAUCAUGUCCAGCAGUAUUCAGAUUACGGCCGACGACAAACCGGCAACCGGCUUGAUCACACCGACCAAGACACCGGCACCGCCGGUGUCCAGCAUUCCCUCCAGCCCGUCGCAUCUGCAGCUGCCGUCGCCGAUUAUAACACGCCGCACCAGAACCGCUUCAACAUCUGACCGUGCGAUGCGUAACCCGAUCGAGGAGGGCAAGGUUAAGUCGUUCAGCAGAAGCAAAGGCCACGGUUUCAUCACGCCGAAUGCCGGCGGUGACGACAUCUUUGUGCACAUUUCCGACAUCGAGGGUGAGUACGUGCCGCUGCCCGGGGACGAGGUUAGCUAUCGGCUCUGCUCGAUACCGCCCAAGUACGAGAAGGUGCAGGCCAUCCACGUGCAGAUAACGCACCUAACGCCGGAAAAGCAUUCGCGCUGGGAAACGUGCAUGAGCCACGACGAUGGCCAUCGGCUCCAUUAGGGUCGGUGGAACGAGCCGGCGCCGGAUCAGCUUCAUCAGCAGCAACAGCACCAGUAUGCGGCUGCCGCGAAAGGGAAGCACGAUUCACGCCGGUGGCCCGAUAUAUCGUUCGAUUUUGCGUAGGAUGAUGAUGAGUGCAAGCGCGUCAACAGCAGCAGAGUAGUGUCGACAGAGGAAGGACAGGCGAUCGCAAGAGUGCAGCAGGGUACGGAAAACCCGGAGUGGGGACUUUAUUAACCGGUCGGUAAUAUGUUCAGUAUUUUUGUUUAUUAGAUAGAGGUCGAACAGCGAUCAAUGCGGGUGAAGAUCAUUGGGAAAGAGGAGAAGGAACGGCCUCGUUCCUCUGUUUAGUUUCAGCGCGCACGCAAGUGCUCCAUUUAAAUGCACAAACACGGAUAAAUAAUCGAUUAUCAGCUUCAUGCGGUGCUGCAGGUCUGGGUUUGGCGCAAUUGGCAAAAAUAACAUCCCCAAUAGCGAAGCGAGAGUAAAAAAAAAAACAAGAAGGCGAAAUAGGGAGGAGUUGCAAGACUAUCUUAAAGCGAGAUUUUGCUGACCCAACUUAAGCACUGGCGAGCGAAAUGCGAAACUGCUAGGAUGGGAGACGGGACAGGAAACGGUUUUAAUUAAUAUGUGAAAACGUUGACCCACAAAUGGUGUGCACACAAGCCGUGGUUGGACAAAGCAAAGCCAGAAGAGAUAGAUUAGCCGCAAGGAAUAAACCGUUGCAGCAGCUGUGGUGCGCAGCCAGCCUGUGUGUCAGCGUGCAGCAAAAGCAGACCCAUAAAAUUGUAUCCUUCGCUCGUGUGCUGGUGUGCUCUAAUUUGUGCUAACCCUCCACCGUGGAACAAUGAAUCUGGGAAGAGGAGCGUUUCAUGGUGGUGGGGAUGCUAAAGGAGAAAAAAACUUUGCCACCGGGCAGAAACACAGGGACGUGCCACAACUACUCGAAUGCCCCUGGCUUAGUAGCUCGCUUCUUAUCGCCUAAUUGCUAUCGUUUUUAGUUUCAUCGUUUUUUCGUUUUGCUCUCCCCAUCACACGUGUUUCGGUGCUGAAGAAGCUGAAGAAGGGAAGACAGAAUGAUAUAUAAAUUCAGGUCGCUGUCGCCAUCGUCAACGUGGGGUGGCAAAUAAAGCGAAGCACCACACAUACAUCCCUUUUACGAUUAGAGGAAUAAGCUCUUCCUGCCGUGUGUUGGUGGGCGCUUUGUAUUAAAUCUUGGGUGGCUGACGGUAUCCGAAUCUAUUGUACAACGAAAAUUAGAGCGGAAGCAACGGGAAGCAUAGAAGCGUUAAUACGCAUACAAAGAGAGCUGGUGCAAAAAGUGAUGAGGCUAAUUGACAUUUAUUCAAUUUGCAAUCAGGACAAUGAUAAUAGAAGCGCGCGCUCUUAAUUGUGCUUAAAUCUUUCAACGAGUGGGAAACGCAUUGCAAAAAAUUCGGAACAAUGGGUCGAUGCAGGUUGAACGGGCAAGCUUCUAAACUGCAAAGCCAUCCCAAAGCAGCGGAAAAGUGGUGGAAAACCAUUUGAAUACAUUUUGUAAGAAUUUAGAGCGAGCGAAACAUGUCCCAAGGGGCAACAUAUAACGCUAGAUUUGUAACAGAUUUAAUGAACUAAAGAAAAGGUUAAUCGAGAAAACAAAAACAGGAAAAAGGCGCACAUAGAUACAAAACAGAAAGCAAGAAUUAUCCAAGCGAUGCGUGUGUGUGUGUGUGCCUGUACAUCUUUUUUGGAGUAAUUUUUCCCGUGUGUUCUCCGGGUUAGCAAAACAACAACAAAAACACGUGCUCGAUGCGGUUCCGUAACGGCUUUGACAGAAGAAAAAAAAACCGCCUGAAAGUAUGCAAUCGGCAGUUGUCCGUUCAAACUAAAGCCCGGUAUGUUGUGUGUGUGUGUUGCUUUACGAUAAGAAACAGAAAUGCAAGCUCAUCCCUCCAUCAACGGAAAGAUUAAUAUUUAGAAGGAGACAGAGAGAGGGAGAGAAAAACUACGUAAAAAAUAACAUCAGGUAAAGAAAACAGGAAAACAACGGCCACUAAACAAAGGGCAAGAUUUAAAAUUUAUACCCCAUCUCAAGCGUACAUAAUCACCUCUUUGGGGCAUUUUUGCGCGUGCAAAGGAAGCGGAUUAUUAAUCGGAUUAUCCGCGGAGGAGUGGUUAUUCCGCUCGCGGUUUAUAAAAGCCAUAACCACCACAGCAAAUCUUACUCAAUAAUGAGGCGACGCACACAAUGUUUGAGGGCUGGCGACAAAACAAGCACAAGGCACAAGCUGUUAAGAAUUUAUACGUUUACCUCAUCGAUAGCAAAAAGGGGAAGCUGCUAGGAAUUUGGACAAGAAAUCCGUUAUUAUAAAACAAACAAACAAAAAACCCCUCCCUAUAUUAGAAAUCAUACCAAGCCAGCACGCAACGCUCCACGCCAGUGAUUGCAACAGCAAAAUAAAAAAAAAAACAUAACGAAGGAAAGUAAAUACCUUA